AUGGCUUGCCAGAACUGCCAGAGCCAGGCGCGGUUGCUCGUCCGCGCUGCCACCCGCGCUGGACCAAGUGCUCCCUCCUCGAAACGAUACCUGACGACAGCGGCUUCCAAGGCGACGAUCUCCCCCUCCUCUUCCUCCUCCUCCUCUUCUCCCUCUUCUACGGCGCCUGCAAAUGCCAGGCUCUUCUCGACAUCCCACCGCAAAGCCCUCUUUGGCGGCAUGGCGUCGCCGUACUUUGUCGUCGGCGCAACGGAGCGCCUGUACAAGUUCUGCGGCCCCGUGGCAGACUACCACAUCAACCAGAAGCUACGAGACCAGGACGAGGUGCCAAAGCUCGAGGACGGCGAGGAAGUGGGAGAGUCUCUCAACCCAGGCAACCCGUGGCACACAUUGUUCAACAUGCCGCCGACAUUCAGCACCUGGUCCCACGUCACGAUGCUCCACCUGUACCUCCUCAACGCGCGCAUCCGGUGCUUCGACCGCGACGCCUUUGCCAACUGGCGCCAGCAGCUCAUCGACCACUUCUCCUUUGAGGCCGAGAAGAAGAUGCACGUCGAGCACAACAUCACCUCGAGCGCCCUGCGCCAGCGCUACCUCAAGGACAUGUUCACCCAGUGGCGCGGCAUCAUGGUCGCCUACGACGAGGGCGUGGUCAAGGGGGACGCCAUCCUGGCCGCCGCCGUGUGGCGGAACCUGUUCAAGGGCGCCGCGGACGCCGACCCCCGCGCGCUCGCGGCCAUUGUCGGCUGGAUGCGCGCCUGCAUGAAGAGCCUCGAGGGUGUCAGCGACGAGGCCUUUGCCACGCGCGCCGGCGAGGUCCUCGCCCUGCCUGUCGAGAGCUUUUGGCAGGGCAUCGAGAAGGCUAGCAAGGCCCAGGCCAGCGCGGCCACGGCCAAGCCGGCGGUGGGGAGCACGACGGCGGGACCUGUCAAGGAGCGGAUCGUGGCGGAACCGAUCGUUGGCAAGGGGCAAUGA